AUGUCGUCCUUUGUCCGCUUCUUCCGCGAGGGCAAGGGCCGUCUCACGGCCCGCUUCGCAACGCCCACGGUGCGCUUCUUCCUUGGCCGGUACUACGGCCGCCCCGUGGCCCUCGUCUCCGACGCCGGAAAGGUCCUGGCCGCCGCCCACUUGUUCUGGUCCUACGGCUAUGACUGGGGCACCGUGUCCGGCCCCUCCAUGCUGCCGGGCUGGUCCGUCUGGGGCGAGGGAGCCAUCAUCUCACACCGGUACCGCCGCGGCAAGGACAUCAAGGUCGGCGACCUGGUCCGUUUCAAGAUCCCCGUCGACGACGGCCUUGCCAUAAAAAGGGUCCUCGGGGUCGCAGGGGACUACGUGAUGAUGGGGACCCCUGAGACGGGGCAGGACUCCAUGAUACAGGUUCCACCUGGGCAUGUUUGGCUGAUCGGUGACAACCUGCCUGCGUCUCGCGAUUCCAGGCUGUAUGGCCCGGUUCCAAUGGCUCUGAUUGAUGGGAAGGUGGUUGCGCGGACUGGCGCAUGGCCGUGGCAAAUGCACGCCAUUGAGAACCCGUUCGAUAUUGAGGAAACAAAUGAAUCCGAUCGAGACUCGGCGGCCAUCUCGCGAGCAGAGCAGACCAGAAAGCCCUGA